CCCGGUGCUGCUCCCGCUCCGCUCCCGCUCCGCUCCCGGUGCUGCUCCCGGUGCUGCUCCCGGUGCUGCUCCCGGUGCCGCUCCCGGUGCCGCUCCCGGCCCGCCGCCGGGAUGAUCAACGCCAUCCUGGUGUUCAACAACCACGGCAAGCCGCGGCUUGUCCGCUUCUACCAGCACCUGGCAGAGGAGGUCCAGCAGCAGAUCAUCCGCGAGACUUUCCACCUGGUGCUGAAGCGCGACGACCACAUCUGCAACUUCCUCGAGUGCGGCAGCCUGUUCGGGGGCUCGGACUACAAGCUGAUCUACCGCCACUACGCCACGCUGUACUUCGUCUUCUGCGUGGACUCCUCAGAGAGCGAGCUGGGCAUCCUGGACCUCAUCCAGGUGUUUGUGGAGACGCUGGACAAGUGCUUUGAGAACGUCUGUGAGCUGGACCUCAUCUUCCACAUGGACAAGGUUCACCACAUCUUGCAGGAGGUGGUGAUAGGCGGCAUGGUGCUGGAGACCAACAUGAACGAGAUCGUGGCGCAGGUGGAGGCCCAGAGCAAGCUGGAGAAGGCGGAGCAGGGCGGCCUCUCGGCUGCUCCUUCCCGCGCGGUCUCGGCUGUGAAGAACAUCAACCUGCCCGAGAUCCCUCGCAACAUCAACAUCGGCGACAUCAACAUCAAAGUGCCCAACCUGUCGCAGUUCAUGUGAGCGUCCCGUGGCGGGGAGGGCUGCCCGCGCCGGCGGGCUGGGGCCUGGGCUGGCCGCCGUGGGGCCCCCCCUGCCCCUCCAGGCCCCUGCCCACGCAGCACACGGUGAGCCCGGAGUGCUGCCGCUGGCGGAGGGGAGGGAGCGGUGGUGGUGGUGCUGUCAGCCCCUCCAUCACCGUGCACCCCGGCUCGGUUCUGCUCUUUCGUGCCCCGACGACAAGAGCGCCCUUUCUUCCCUUCCCUUCUCCUUCCCCGUGGACACGCAGCCUCUCUCCUCGCCCUGGGGGGAAGAGCUGGCUCCUGCCUCUCCCAGCACUUCUUGGGAUUCCCAGCUGUAAAAAUGCACCUGUAGCUGAAGGCUUGUGGUCUCCUCCGUCCCCCCUGGGCUGGGCAGUCCCCUGCCCAGUGUCCCCGCAUCCACCCUGUUCCUGCCCACUGGAUCUGGCACCCCGAGCUGGGGUGGGUACCAGCGAGGCUGGUACCUGCUGGGCUGGGAGCUGCCGGCGCUCUGCCGGGGCCCGGCCAGGCUGGAGCGUGUCCCUGCGUCCUAAUAAACCACCGUGUGAACCCUC